CCCCUCCUCUUCCCCUCUCUGCCAGCAUCCUGAAGGAAUGAAGUCACGUGGGUGAGUGGUGGGCGGGACCUACUCUUGUCUGGAGGAAAAAAGCCAUUUUGUCUCCCCCCCAACUCCGGUCCCUCCCCUCCCCCCUCGGUCCCCUCCCCUCCCCUCUCUCCCUCCCACCCCAAGCCGCUUUCACAAACUCCUUUCUUACCGUAGGUUUCUCCCCUCCCGCCGCCCGGGCGAGCGACACGGCUGCGGCCCCCCUCCCCUCCCUUCCCUCCCUCCCUCCCAUCCCCCCCUCCCCGAGACCCACCGGACCCCGAACCCAGAUGGCCGAAACGGGCUCCCCCUCUUAACGAUUUGGCGUCUCCCUCGACCACCACCUCUUUGUGCAGCAGCCCCCGGGCAGACCCUGUUCCGAGGGCGACGCUCCCCAGUCCCCCCACCCCCGACCCCGGAAUCAUGCAUCGGACUACACGGAUCAAAAUCACAGAGCUGAACCCCCACCUCAUGUGUGCCCUCUGCGGGGGGUACUUCAUCGACGCUACCACUAUCGUGGAGUGCCUGCAUUCCUUCUGCAAAACCUGCAUUGUGCGCUACCUGGAGACCAACAAAUACUGCCCCAUGUGUGACGUGCAGGUCCAUAAAACCCGGCCGCUGCUGAGCAUCAGGUCUGACAAAACCCUUCAAGACAUUGUCUACAAAUUGGUCCCUGGCCUUUUUAAAGAUGAGAUGAAACGGCGGCGGGAUUUCUAUGCAGCGUACCCCCUAACGGAGGUCCCCAACGGCUCCAAUGAGGACCGCGGCGAGGUCUUGGAGCAGGAGAAGGGGGCUCUGAGUGAUGAUGAGAUUGUCAGCCUCUCCAUCGAAUUCUACGAAGGUGCCAGGGACCGGGAUGAGAAGAAGGGCCCCCUGGAGAAUGGGGAUGGGGACAAAGAGAAAACAGGGGUGCGCUUCCUGCGAUGCCCAGCAGCCAUGACCGUCAUGCAUCUCGCCAAGUUUCUCCGCAACAAGAUGGAUGUGCCCAGCAAGUACAAGGUGGAGGUUCUGUAUGAGGACGAGCCACUGAAGGAAUACUACACCCUCAUGGACAUCGCCUACAUUUACCCCUGGCGGCGGAACGGGCCUCUCCCCCUCAAGUACCGUGUCCAGCCAGCCUGCAAGCGGCUCACCCUAGCCACGGUGCCCACCCCCUCCGAGGGCACCAACACCAGCGGGGCAUCCGAGUGUGAGUCAGUCAGCGACAAGGCUCCCAGCCCUGCCACCCUGCCAGCCACCUCCUCCUCCCUACCCAGCCCAGCCACCCCAUCCCAUGGCUCCCCCAGUUCCCAUGGGCCUCCAGCCACCCACUCUACCUCCCCCACUCCCCCUUCGACAGCCAGUGGGGCCACCACAGCUGCCAACGGGGGUAGCUCGAACUGCCUGCAGACACCAUCCUCCACCAGCAGGGGGCGCAAGAUGACUGUCAACGGCGCUCCCGUGCCCCCCUUAACUUGAGGCCAGGGACCCUCUCCCUUCUUCCAGCCAAGCCGCUCCACUCCUUCCACUUUUUCUGGGCCCUUUUUUCCAUCUCUUCUACUUUCCCCAGCUCUUCCCACCUUGGGGGUGGGGGGCGGGUUUUAUAAAUAAAUCUAUAUAUAUAUGUACAUAGGAAAAACCAAAUAUACAUACUUAUUUUCUAUGGACCAACCAGAUUAAUUUAAAUGCCACAGGAAACAAA